AUGUCCAAUAAAAUCGGUAAAACCGGCUUGGCCUUUGCCCGAGUGUGGCACCAUGUUGAUCUUGCAGAAGAUACUAGAACCUUGGGAAGAUUGGCCUCUCAGAUAGCUAUAGCCCUAAUUGGAAAGCACAAGCCCGUGGCUCACUCUACACAAGAUUUGGGCGACUACGUGGUUGUGUCCAAUUGCAAGUAUCUUCGAGUCACCGGAAGAAAAAUGGAGGAUAAAACUUACUGGUAUCACACCACUAAACCAGGAACAGGUAAAGCGGUUCCUAUGGAGAAAGUCGUUAAAGACUAUGGAUAUGGAGAAGUACUUCGAAGAGCUGUGAGCCGGAUGCUUCCAAAGAACAAGCACAGAGAUUCCAGACUACGCAGACUUAAAGUAUUUGACGGUUCCGAAAACCCUUAUCGACAGAAUUUAAUUGCUUGGGCUGACCAGAAGCCGCUAGUAGAACAAAGACUGAAGGAGUUCAACGAGAGAAAGAGAGUUAGGGAGGAAUACAGCAAGAGAAUGGCCAAUAGAAAUACCAACUUAUAA